AUGCCGAAGGGCCGCUCUGCGCUCGCUCUCCAUGGUCCUGGUUCUGAAGGGGCGCUCUGCGCUCGGUCUCUAUGGUGCCGAGGCGCCGCUCUGCGCUCGCUCUCUAUGGUAGAGAGGCCGCUCUCCGCUGGCUCUAUGGCGCUGGCGGUGGUGCGGCCCCUGGACGCCCUGCCCCCGGAGCUGCCCCCGGGGGUGGCGGUGCUGCUGGCCCCGGCCCCGCUGGCGGCGCGGCUGCGCGGGGCGGGCGGGCCGGCGCUGGUGCUGGCGGUGCGGCCCGCGGGCCGGCCCGGGGCCCAGCCGGCGCUGCUGAGCGCGGCGCUUGUGGCGGGCGGCCCGGGCGGCGGCGCCGAGCUGUGGCUGCGCGGCGGCUGGCGGCGGCGGCUGGGGCUGGCGGCGGGGCGGCGGGUGGCGCUGUGGCCGGUGCGGCGGCCGCCGGCGCUGGGCUGGGCGCUGCUGGGCGCGGGGCCGGGCCGGCCGGGGCCGGCCGGGGCUGGGCGAGUGGGUGCGGCUGCGGCGGAGGGCGAGGCCGGGCCUGGCGGGGCGCACCUGGCGGCCGUGCUGGCCCUGCAUCCCCGCUGGGACUUCCCGCAGGAGCCCCGGGACCCCCCGGAGGGCUCGGCCGUCAUCCCGGCCGCGCUGGCCUUCAACCUGGCCUGCGACCCGCUGGGCGGGAGCCACCUGCUCAUCCAGAGGUAUGGGGAAGCUCCUGGUAUGGAAGAGAGACAAGGAAGUCGGUCCUUGCUAUCCAUUCCGCCCUUUGCGAAGGAACUGCACAUAGAGAUUAUCUCCUCACCAGCCUACAGCACCAGAGGAGUCUAUGACAGUAUUCUCCACCAACACUUCCAAACUCCCAGGUUGGUCCAGGAGGGUGAUAUCCUGUGUAUUCCGACAGCUGGACAUCCUGAGUUCUUGGAAGGAAAUUCAGAGAAAUUUCUUAGCUGGCCGGAGCUGUACUUCAAGGUGAAGAAGAUCGUAGGGGUGGCGGAAGGAGAGCAGUCUGUGGGGUACCUGGCUGACAUCCAGAACACAUCACUGUACCUGGUGGGUUCAACAAACAGCGCUGUGCCAUCUUCCCCAAGCCGUGGUGGCCAUGGGUUUUGGAGCAGUCUGUCUCCCGCCGGGCUCUCUGAUGUGGUGACGCAGCUCUGUGAUGCUCUCCGGCCUCAUCUGAACAGCAGGGGGACUGCGCUACGUGGAACAGGCAGCAUUCUACUGGCGGGACCCAGUGGUGGGGGGAAACUGACGGCUGUCAGAGCUGCAUGUAGUUGCCUCAAUCUCCACUUGUUCAAGGUGGACUGCGUUAGUUUGUGUGGAGACACUAGUGGAGCUACAGAGAUGAAGCUACAAUCUGCCUUUGCGCAGGCUGAGCUCUUCCGGCCGUGUGUGCUCCUGCUGAAGGACAUCGAGCUGCUGGGACGAGACCGGGAUGGGCUGGGAGAGGACUCCAGAGUCACUGCUACACUAAGGCACCUCCUCCUGGAUAGAGAUGCAGGAUCUAGCGGUUACCCUGUCCUGGUGGUUGCCACCACGUGCCGGCCUCAGGACGUCCUGGCAGACGUGCAGACAGCUUUCCUCCACGAGGUGACGGUCCACGCCCCGUCGGAAGAGCAGCGGAAGGCCAUGCUGAGCACGCUCACUGCCAGCCUUCCGUUGGGCAAGGAAGUGAGCCUGGCCAAACUAGCGCGGAGAAGUGCGGGGUUUGUGCUGGGAGAUUUCUGUGCUUUGCUGGCCCAAGGAGGCCGGGCAGCUUGCACCAGGAUCUUAACCUCAAGUUUCCCAGGGGGGCUGAGUGAGGACGAGGAGAGAGAUUUUUGCGCUGCUGGGUUCCCUGUUCUCGCAGAGGAUUUUAACGUUGCAUUGGAUCAGCUGCAUGAGACUCAUUCGCAGGCAGUUGGAGCCCCAAAGAUCCCCGCGGUCACCUGGCAGGACAUCGGCGGGCUCCAGGAGGCGAAGAAGGACAUCCUGGACACCAUCCAGCUGCCUCUGGAGCACCCGGAGCUGCUGUCUGUGGGGCUGCGCCGCUCUGGCCUUCUGCUCUAUGGGCCUCCUGGGACAGGAAAGACCUUGCUUGCCAAAGCUGUGGCCACGGAGUGCACCAUGACGUUCCUCAGUGUGAAAGGGCCGGAGCUCAUUAACAUGUACGUGGGGCAGAGCGAAGGGAAUGUGCGCCAAGUGUUUGCCAGAGCCCGGGCAGCUGCUCCCUGCAUUAUCUUCUUUGAUGAACUGGAUUCCUUGGCACCCAACCGGGGACGGAGCGGAGACUCGGGCGGAGUUAUGGACAGAGUUGUCUCCCAGCUGCUAGCAGAACUUGAUGGACUUCAUUCCACCAGAGACGUAUUUGUGAUCGGCGCCACCAACAGACCUGACCUGCUGGACCCAGCACUGCUCCGGCCUGGCAGGUUUGACAAGCUGGUCUAUGUCGGCAUGAAUGAGGACCGGGAGUCUCAGCUGCGAGUGCUGAGUGCCAUCACCAGGAAGUUCAAACUGGACCCUUCAGUGAGUUUCAGCAGUGUCCUGGAUCAGUGCCCUGCCCAGCUGACGGGAGCAGAUCUGUACGCGCUCUGCGCAGACGCCAUGAUGUGUGCCGUCAAACGGAAGGUGGAUUGGAUUGAGGAAGGGCUGGACACAGAGAGUUCCGCUCUAGUUCUGACCAUGGAGGAUUUUGGACAAGCUGCCACAAGGCUGCAGCCGUCGGUUUCGGAGCAGGAGCUGCUCAAAUACAGAGUGAUCCAGCGGAAGUUUGCUGCCUGCUAGCCUGCAGUGAGAAGGGAAGGGAAGGAGCACACAAAGCCCUAAUACGGAGAAGGCCAAGAGGAUUUGGGACAGGCGUGUGGGCUGGAGAAGUGGAGAGGGGGAGGUGUCAUCACCUGCUGACUCCUGGCCAGCCCUGGCCCCCCGUUCAUGGAUGGGGCACAGCAUUUAGCCAUGGCUCUGAGGCUGUCGGCAGCACAGCUGGGGUUCCUGCUCCUCCUCCUCGGUCCCAGGCCCACUCCUCCAACCUCACAGCCUGGCCCUCACCCCUACAGCCACAUCCUGCCCCGUAAUCUAGUGUGAGAGGAAGGGGCCUUGAGCUGAGUUGUGGAUCUCAAGGGAAAGGAGUGCGACGAAAGCCCCUGUGAGACCCUGCACUAGUCAUGGAUUGUCCCAUGAUCCCGUGCCCUCCCCCUGGAGUAGGCAGAGAUCCUGAGCUCAGGGGUGGAUUGUCUCCCAGGAGUGAAAAAUCCUCCCCUCUCCCACAGCCUCCCUGGGA